ACAUUAAGAAAAAAAUACUCCGACACUUCAUUUAAAACAUUAUCCUGUUCCUUAUCCUUAAUGGUUGGCCUUUGCAGAGACAGCUAACGGUGACCCAUUAGGAUUUGAACAUAUACUCAGUUGAGUGCAGUAGUAACUGUACAAAGGUGGGAUUUGAGGGAAUGGUUUAAUAUUUGUAGUGGAGUAGAAGGCUCUUGGUAUCGCAUUAGAAAAGCAGACCCUCCACAGAUGUGGGAGGGGCUUUGCAAUGAGAUAAAGAGCAUUAGAGAAGGCCAUUAGUGCUCUGUGGAUUAAGAUAAUCCAGUCCAUUUGACAAAGGCUGCAGUUUACUCUGCAUCCAAGGUAAAAGGAAGAUGGAGAUCAAAUUUGGGAAUAUUCUAUUGUCCAUCCUCUUCUUGUCUGAAGCCCUAGUAAGAGCUUCUACUGAGGAGGAGGAGAGGACAGACCCGUGGAUGGGGAAGGCCUGUAAGUGUGACUGUGAGGGCGAGUCCAACUCUCUGUGGCCCAGCAAGAAGAACAUCCAGGAAUGCAUGCCAGAGUGCCCUUAUCAUUGGCCGCUGGGUUUUGAGUCUGGGUCUGUGGCCCCAGAGCAGAUCAGCUGCUCCAAUGAGGACCAGUACACAGGCUGGUACUCCUCCUGGACCUCUAGCAAAGCAAGACUCAACAGCCAGGGCUUCGGGUGUGCUUGGCUCUCCAAAUUCCAGGACACCAGCCAGUGGCUUCAGAUUGAUCUGAAGGAAGUGAAAGUGGUCUCUGGCAUCCUGACCCAGGGGCGGUGCGAUGCUGAUGAAUGGAUGACCAAAUACAGCGUCCAGUUCCGCUCUAUUGAGAGCCUGAACUGGGUCUACUACAAGGACCAGACUGGAAACAACAGGGUGUUCUAUGGGAACUCGGACAGGUCCUCUUCAGUACAGAACCUCCUGCGCCCGCCCAUCGUGGCUCGAUACAUCCGCCUGCUCCCCCUGGGCUGGCACACACGCAUCGCCGUCAGGAUGGAGCUGCUCCUGUGCAUGAACAAGUGUGCCUGAGACACCAGCACAGGCGGGCUGUAGCUAGUGCUCAGUGAGCCCUCAUUCGCCGCAGAGG